UUGACAAACAUAUAAAACUAUCCAAAGUUCUAACAAGGGGGAUAUUAAAUUUCUAUAUAAAAUCUGCCCCACUCUUCAUAAUGACGAAACCAGCACUGCAGAGACAUUUCAAAAUUAUGGCAAGCCACAGCAUGCUGUCCAUCCUUCCUAUUGUUUACACCUUGUUCAUUGUCAUCACCGCUAGAAGUACUGCCAUGGCUGCCUCGCGGCUGCCACCGGUGGUCAAAGCUGGUUAUUAUCCUUCAUGGGUUGUGGAUGAUUUGCCGCCUUCAGCCAUAAACACAUCAUUGUUCACCCAUGUAUUGUAUGCUUUCCUUGUGCCCAACAAUGUUACUUUUGGGUUUGACAUCUCAGAUUCGACGGCCAUGAUCCUCUCAAACUUCACCACCACCCUCCAUCGAAAGAAUAGCUAUGUGAAGGUUCUUUACUCCAUCGGUGGAGGAGGUAUUGAGCCAGACCCUUUUGCUGUCAUGGCCACCAAAGCCUCCUCUCGGAAAGUUUUCAUAGAUGCAACCAUAGGAGUUGCACGUAAAUAUGGGUUUGAUGGGUUUGACCUCGAUUGGGAGUUCCCUGAAAGCCCAAAAGCAAUGGAUGAUUUUGCCUUCUUACUUAAAGAGUGGCGCCAAGCAAUCCGCAAGGAGGCUAAGAUGACAAAUAGGCCUCCCCUAUUGCUCACUGCCGCCGUCUACUAUUCGCCGGAAUUCUUAAUGUACGGCAGCCGCCGCUCCUAUCCAGCGGCCGCAGUCAGGAAUAACUUGGACUGGGUCAAUGUGAUGUGUUACGAUUAUCAUGGAUCAUGGGACACUUCCGUCACAGGGGCUCAUGCUGCCUUGUUUGACCCAAAAACUAAUCUAAGCUCGGUCUAUGGGAUUAAGUCGUGGCUCAAAGCGGGAGUGCCCGGAAACAAGCUGGUUAUGGGUUUGCCACUCUAUGGUAAGACAUGGAAGCUCAAGGAUCCAAAGUUGCAUGAGGUUGGAUCACCUGCCGUUGGCGUCGGUCCGGGAGACGACGGUGUGCUGACUUACGUACAGGUGGUGGAGUUUAAUAGGAGGACCAAAGCCACCGUGGCACAUGACGUGGACACUGUUUCUGCCUAUUCGUAUACAGGGACAUCUUGGGUCGGAUACGAUGAUGCCCUGUCGACAACAGCAAAGGUUUUGUUUGCUCAGGCACUUGGACUUCGUGGGUACUUCUUUUGGGCACUAGGCUACGACAAUGAUUGGACGGUAACCGGGCAAGCUUCAAGUUCGUGGAUCGUUGACAAAUGAUCAUUGUUUGGCCUUCUUUCGAUUGCAGAUUUAGUGCAGCCACUGCCAUCGUAUUUGCAGUAAAAUAAAACUACAGAUUUCCAGCGGAAUUUUAGUUUCUUUUUUUUAUUAGCAAAAUUCUAGUCAAUGACAUAUACGUUCUUUCCUCUGUUUGGUGUCCAAAUUUUAUUCAGGUGUCAGAUUUCAGUUUCAUUGUGUGUUGUAAUCUAUGAACAUUGGGGUCCAUUUAUUUUUCUUGAGACGCUUUUCACAUAUCCUCAUAGAGAUUGAGAAA